AAAAAAAAAGAAGUAUGAUGAUUCCGAGCCAAUCUUUUUUCUUCAUCUUCUCUCUUUCCCUUAUAUUCAACACUCUUGCGUCUCCUACUCUCGAAAGGAAUGCUCUUUUGGAGUUCAAAAAUGAGUUCCCGAUGAGUGCACCAGACCCAGAGGAUCCUUUUGCUUCCUGUUUUAGUUCGUGGAACACAAGCAGUGAUCACUGUUCCUGGAAAGGUGUCACAUGCGAUGUUAAUUCCGGUGAGGUGAUAUCACUCUUCCUUGAGGACAUCUUUCUCAAUGGCUCUUUGAAAGCAAACACUAGUCUCUUAAAACUCCACCAUCUUCAGCACCUAACCCUUAUCAACUGCCAUCUCAGAGGAGAGAUUUCUUCUUCUCUAGGAAACCUUUCUCAUCUCAUGCAGCUUGACCUCUCUUAUAACGAGCUGGGAGGUGAAAUCCCAUCUUCAAUGGGAAACCUUUCUCAUCUCAGUCAUCUUUACCUUUCUAGCAACUACUUGGAAGGUGAAAUUCCAUCUUCAAUAGGAAAUAUUUCUCCCCUUAUAGAGCUUGACCUUUAUGGUAAUCACUUGAUAGGUGAAAUUCCAUCUUCACUAGGAAACCUGUCCCAUCUCACGACUCUUAUUCUUGCUGAGAAUCACUUGAUAGGUCAGAUUCCGCCUUCAAUGGGCAACCUAAACCAGCUAACAUUUUUGAACUUGGGCCCGAACAACUUGAGUGGUAACAUUCCUAGUUCAUUUGCCAAUUUCAACAAGCUCUCCCAAUUAUCUCUCUCAUAUAAUCAAUUCUCCGGUGGAGGUUUACCUCAUAUACUGUCAAAUUUAACUAGCUUGUCCUUAUUAGACCUUUCCAAUAAUCACUUCAAAUCCAAGCUUCCAUCUAACAUGAGUGGACUCAAUAACUUGGAGAUAUUUUCUGUAAGUGGAAACUAUUUUGGCGGGAAUGUCCCUACAUCCUUGUUUAUGAUUCCUUCACUAAAAGAGGUUUAUCUGAGUGAAAACCAAUUAGAGGGACCCUUAGAGAUUGGGAAUAUAUCAUCGUUUUCUGAGUUACAAUAUCUAGACCUCGCUUCUAACAACUUCUACGGACCAAUCCCUGAAGAUAUAUCUCGAUUUAGCAAACUCCAAACUUUAGAUCUUAGAAAUAAUAGGUUCAUUGGGGAAAUCCCUGAAUCUAUGUCCAAAUUAGUCUCCCUCUACUCUCUAGAUCUUAGCAAUAACAGCUUUAUUGGGGAAAUCCCUGACUCAAUUUCCAAAUUAGUCUCCCUCAAUUCUAUAGAUCUCUCCUACAAUAAGUUGGAAGGUCAAGUACCAAGUUUCUUGUGGAGCCUGUCUUCCUUGAAGCUUUCUCAUAAUUCUUUCAGUAGCCUCGAGGAUUCAAUGCAAGUUUUCGUCAAUGGAAGUCACUCUGGUCUUGGUUCAGAUUCAUUCCGAGGACCAGUUCACCAUGUUGAUCUGGGUUCAAAUUCACUUCGAGGAUCAUUUCCCAUAUGGAUCUGUAAUUGUACAUCAUUAGUCUUCUUAGAUCUCUCAAACAACCAUCUCUCUGGUUCCAUUCCUUCAUGUUUGAUGGAUUCCAGUGCUUCUGUUCGCCAGAUAAUUCUAAGAAACAACAAGUUGAGCGGAUUCCUUCCAGAUAUCUUUAACAGUGCAACCAAGUUACGAUCACUAGACGUUAGCCGUAACAAGUUAUCAGGGAAGCUUCCAAGAUCUUUGAUCAACUGCAGCUCUAUGGAAUAUCUGAAUAUGAAAGGAAACAAUUUCAAGGACACGUUUCCAUCUUGGUUGAGUUCUCUGGGAUCAUUACGUGUUCUGUUUCUCGGAUCAAAUGCAUUUUACGGUCCAAUCUCUUCACAUUUUGGGUUUUCAAGUCUGCGAGUCAUUGACAUAUCGAACAAUAGCUUCAAUGGAACAUUACCACAAGAUUAUUUUGUGAACUGGCUUGAAAUGUCAACGGUUUGGGUAGAUAAAACCAAAUGGUAUGAGCAUAUUAUAGACAAAGGCCGUCCAAGUUCGGUAUACAUGGGGGAACUAUACAAUUAUACUGAUUCGAUGGAUAUGAUGUAUAAAGGUGUAGACACAGAGUUUCAACUGAUCUUUCUUGCGUACAAAGCCAUCGAUUUCUCUGGAAACAAAUUCACGGGACGGAUCCCUAAAUCAGUUGGCCUGUUGAAGGCGUUGAUUCAUGUCAACUUUUCAAAAAAUGCAUUUACAUGCAGUAUCCCUUCAUCCUUGGCAAAUAUAACAAAUUUAGAGGCACUAGAUCUUUCUCACAAUAAGCUUUCUGGUUAUAUACCACGUGAUCUUGCCAAACUCUCAUUCCUGUCAUACUUGGACUUCUCCCACAACCUUCUCCAAGGGCCAGUUCCACGAAGCACUCAGUUUCAGAGUCAAAAUUGUUCUUCAUUCGAGGACAACCUUGGACUCUAUGGUCUCGAGGAAAUUUGUGGACCGAUCCAUGUUCCUCAUCCUACAUCGGGAGAUUCCCAACAGUCCGAGGAAUUUUCAUCCGAAGAGUCAGAAGAAGUGUUGAACUGGAUAGUUGCUGCAAUAGCCUUCGGACCUGGUGUGUUCUGUGGAUUGGUGACCGGACAUUUCUUCUUCACUUCACAAAAACACAAAUGGUUGAUGGAGAAUUUCAGUCGAAACCAUCCUGGUGGGAUCAGAACUGUUCGUUAAGCCCAUCUCUCUCAACUUUGUUUCUUUAAAUGUCUUGUAAGUCUGUACUUUCAAUAACUGGUUCGUCAAAGUGUUGUGUUUGUACUUUUCAGUUUGAAUUUCGUUCUAUUAAAUAUUGUUGGUGUUGUUGUUGUUGUUAUGGUAACGUCAUUUGAUAGAAUUGGUAUUUUAUUUCUAGACAGCAUAUAUACUUGUCUGUGAAAUUGGACGACUUUUUCAGGACAUAAACGAGAACACAUCUUUUAUA